AUGGCAUCUUCCGCUUCUUCCACGCCGCCGCCUGCCAUCCCCGCGGGGAUGGAGAACUUUGUGGUCGGACUGAUUGGCAUGGGCGACAUGGGCAGGAUGUAUGCCGAGAGGCUAUCUGCCGCUGGCUGGAGCGUCGAAGCCGCCGUCAUCGACCGUGUGAUUGCGCAGUAUGGCCCAUCAACCAAGAUGGGCGCCAUCGUUGGCGGCCAGACGUCCUGCAAGUCACCCGAGAUUGCAGCCUUUGAGGCGUACCUGCCGCAGGACGUGUCCAUCGUCUCGUGCCACUCGCUGCACGGGCCCGGAGUCGAUCCCCACAAUCAACCGCUGGUGCUCAUCCAGCACAGGGCGCCGGACGCGGCGCUGCACAAGGUGGAGGCGGUGCUGGGCUGCCUGCGGUCCAAGUUUGUGUACCUGACGGCGCUUGAGCACGACCGCAUCACGGCGGACACGCAGGCGGUGACGCACGCGGCGUUCCUGUCCAUGGGCAAGGCGUGGCACGCGAACCGGCAGUUCCCGUGGGAGCUGAGCCGGUACGUCGGGGGCAUCGAGAACGUCAAGGUCAACAUCAUGCUGCGCAUCUACAGCCAGAAGUGGCACGUGUACGCGGGGCUGGCGAUCCUCAACCCGGAGGCGCGCAAGCAGGUGGCGCAGUACGCGACGAGCGUGACGGCGCUGUACAAGCUGAUGCUGGAGGGCAACCUCGAGGGCCUGCGGGAGCGCAUGUACCGGGCGCGGGACCGGGUGUUCGGGGCGUCGGUGACGUGGGACUCGCGGCCGCUCAUCGAGCCGUCGAUCCUGUCGUCGUUUUCGCUGGGGACGCCGACGGACGCGCCGCCGCGGCCCAACAACCACCUGUCGCUGCUGGCCAUGGUGGACUGCUGGUCGGAGCUGGGCAUCGUGCCGUACGAGCACAUGCUGUGCAGCACGCCGCUGUUCCGGCUGCGGCUGGGCGUGACGGAGCACCUGUUCCGCAACGCGGCGCUGCUGGACGAGGCGCUGGUGACGGCCGUCGAGGAUAAGACGUACCGCAGCGACGACCUCGAGUUUACGUUUGCGGCGCGGGGGUGGGCCGAGUGCGUGACGCUGGGCCACUUUGAGACUUGGGAGAAGCGCUUCGUGAGCACGCAGGAGUUUUUCGAGCCGCGCUUCGCCGAGGCCAAGGUGGUGGGCGACCAGAUGAUGAAGAAGGUGCUCGAGGGGGCGAGGGAAGGGGGUGGUGGUGGUGGAUAG